GUGUAUGUGUGUUGGUGGAUGUGAGUACGAGGAAGCAGCGGCCGCCAUUUCAGAGAGCUUGUCGAAGCUGUCGCAGGGGUGGAUCCUGAGCUGCCGAAGCCGCCGUCCUGCACUUCCGCGCGGGCUCCUCUAAUCCCAUUGUUUCUUUUAGAUUCGCUCGGGCCUAUCCGCCCUCGGAGCCCGAAAUUCGGGCUGGGCGGUACCGCGGCCUGGGCCUAGCGGCUUAACAGUAGCAACAGCGGCGGCAGCAACAGCAGCAGCCCCCGUCUUUCCGAAUACAAGCACCCCAGGGGCCCGAAAGCCCGCACAGGCGUUUAGAGAAAAUGGCAGACGAUAUUGAUAUUGAAGCAAUGCUUGAGGCUCCUUACAAGAAGACUUGCCUAACGAUAUCUCACCUCUACUCCCAUGAAUUCACCUUUGAUUCCAGUGUGAACUGUCAAUCAUAAGGUAGUAAUUGAGUGACUUAUCGCUGUACCGUGGUCCCCUAGGUAAAAUGACUCAACUAAGAAUUACCAGCUCCAGUUUGGUAUAGCAAAAAGGUGAAUGUAGUGGUUUGGGAAAAUAGCAGGGGUCCAAGAAUAACAAAGCAUAACCAGUCUGUGGCAAGCAAAUCUUUAAAUAAGUUUUACAAGAAGAAAUGGGUGAGAUUUAAAUUUUCUUCUAUAUAUAUACAUAUAUAUAUGACUGGUGAUAGUAAAUAUUGAAACAGGCAGGUGAUGAUCUGCUGCUCAGUUAAAAAUUACUAAAAUUCUUGGAUCCCUGAAUAGAAAUUUUUUUUUAAAGCAAAGGAGGCAGUAUCACAAACUUAAAGUCACUUGAUGACUGUUUUUACUGUUCUCCAUAUUUUAUUUUUAAUUAGUCCCUGCCAUAAUAUUUCACACUAAAAGCUACAGAGGAAUUAUUUUGGCUAAUAGUAUAGUCUUUGACCCAUUUCAGUAUCACAGUAAAAGUAAAGUGUCUUUUCAUUCUUUCACCAGUUGGUGGUGAAAAUAGCAGUAUGCAUGCAUUAUCACUGGUGUCACAAACUGUAAGCUUUGUAAGUUAGGACUUAUACUUCUAUAACUGAUGUGAUCAAACUUUAAAAAUAAACAUUGCACUAAACCUUUUAAAAAUAAUACAGCUGUUUUGGAUUGUAUAGCACGACCAUGUGGUACCAAUAUGGAUGAAUUCUUUCUAGCUUUAAAUGGUGUAUGUAGUUUUAUAAUGCUUAGACUCUUGAAGAACUACUUUCUAUUUUAAUGUUAAGAUUCUUGUGUCUUAGUUUAACAUGGAUGUAGUUCCAUGUAAACAGGUAUGGAAGUAGGAAAUGUUUAGGCUGGACUGGUGGAUUAUUAAUUGACUUUCUUGGGUUCUUGGGAGUCAACAUUACUAAAGCAGUGUGAAUCCCUGUUUGCUUCAGGGCGAGAUGUGUGACAGAGGUGGCAUCAAGCUCUUACAGUCCCAACCCUCCAACGGAAAUGGGCGAAGAUCUCAGGAAUGGCAUCGGUCACAGGAAAUCGAUAGUGGCUGGCUGCUAGCAUGGCCACUUGGGGCUUAGGCAGAAAUAGAGCCAUGGUACUGACCAAAGGGACCAUAGCACAUGGAAUAAAACUCAAAACAGGACUUCAUUCAUGUUUUAUAGAAAUUCUAUUUAACCACUUGAACACUGUAAAUCUGGAUAACUUAAUAUCUAACUAUAUAAGAAAGUAAAAUUUAACAUGUUAAUAUGCAUUUUUAUUUUUGUAUCACGAUGACUUAAUUGUAAGCAACAAAGUGGUUAAACACAUACCCAUCUAAAUUUUUUUAUAGCCUUCCAUGUUAAAUUAUAAGCAAGUAAUUAGUUUUAAAAUUGUUUUGUAUUUUCUUAUUCCUAUUCCCUUUACCCUUUGACAACUUGAAAUGUUACCACUUCGUCCUCAUGAUGUUCUUCUAUCAACCCUGCUUAGGAUGAGAACAAGUUGAGCAGUGCUAACGGCCAUGAAGAACGUAGCAAAAAACAAAGUUUCUGCCUCCUUGGAAAGCUCUACAUCUCCUUGUGAUUGGAGUGUGGGUUUCAAGAUUCCAGAAGGAGGAAAAAAAGCAAGAGCAGAAGUCGUAGUCAUGAACGUAAAAGAAGCAAAAGUAAGGAACGGAAACGAAGUAGAGAUAGAGAAAGGAAAAAGAGUAAAAGCCGUGAAAGGAAGCGAAGUAGAAGCAAAGAAAGGAGACGAAGCCGCUCAAGAAGUCGAGAUCGCAGAUUCAGAGGCCGCUACAGAAGUCCUUACAGACGACGCUCCCGAAGCAAAAGUCCAUUCAGAAAAGACAAGAGCCCUGUGAGGGAACCUAUUGAUAAUCUAACUCCUGAGGAAAGAGAUGCAAGGACAGUUUUCUGCAUGCAGCUGGCAGCAAGAAUUCGCCCAAGGGAUUUGGAAGAGUUUUUCUCUACAGUAGGAAAGGUUCGAGAUGUGAGAAUGAUUUCUGAUAGAAAUUCAAGACGUUCCAAAGGAAUUGCAUAUGUGGAGUUUGUUGAUGUUAGCUCGGUGCCUCUAGCAAUAGGAUUAACUGGCCAACGUGUUUUAGGAGUGCCAAUCAUAGUACAAGCAUCACAGGCAGAAAAAAACAGAGCUGCAGCAAUGGCAAACAAUCUACAAAAGGGAAGUGCUGGACCUAUGAGGCUUUAUGUGGGCUCGUUACACUUUAACAUAACUGAAGAUAUGCUUCGGGGGAUCUUUGAGCCUUUUGGAAGGAUUGAAAGUAUCCAACUCAUGAUGGAUAGUGAAACAGGUCGAUCUAAGGGAUAUGGUUUUAUUACGUUUUCCGAUUCAGAAUGUGCCAAGAAGGCUUUGGAACAACUUAAUGGAUUUGAACUAGCAGGGAGGCCAAUGAAAGUUGGUCAUGUUACUGAACGUACUGAUGCUUCCAGUGCUAGCUCAUUUUUGGACAGUGAUGAACUGGAAAGGACUGGAAUUGACUUGGGAACAACUGGUCGUCUCCAAUUAAUGGCAAGACUCGCAGAGGGUACAGGUUUGCAGAUCCCACCAGCAGCACAGCAGGCUCUACAAAUGAGUGGCUCUUUGGCAUUUGGUGCUGUGGCAGAAUUCUCUUUUGUUAUAGAUUUGCAAACAAGACUUUCUCAACAGACUGAAGCUUCAGCUUUAGCUGCAGCUGCCUCUGUCCAGCCUCUUGCAACACAGUGUUUUCAACUCUCUAACAUGUUUAACCCUCAAACAGAAGAAGAAGUUGGAUGGGAUACAGAGAUUAAGGAUGAUGUGAUUGAAGAAUGUAAUAAACAUGGAGGAGUUAUUCAUAUUUACGUUGACAAAAAUUCAGCUCAGGGCAAUGUGUAUGUGAAGUGCCCAUCAAUUGCUGCAGCCAUUGCUGCUGUCAAUGCAUUGCAUGGCAGGUGGUUUGCUGGUAAAAUGAUAACAGCAGCAUAUGUACCUCUUCCAACUUACCACAACCUCUUCCCUGAUUCUAUGACAGCAACGCAACUACUGGUUCCAAGUAGACGAUGAAGGAAGAUAUAGUCCCUUAUGUACAUAGCUUUUUUUCUUUCUUGAGAAUUCAUCUUGAGUUAUCUUUUAUUUAGAUAAAAAUAAAGAGGCAAGGGUCUACUGUCAUUUGUAUACAAUUCCUGUUACCUUGAAAAAAUAAAAAUGUUAACAGGAAUGCAGUGUGCUCAUUAUCCCUAACUAGCAAAUCCCACUGUAUACAAAGCUGUUCUCUUGUUCUGCCUUUUAAAUGUACAUGUAGAAAAUUACAUUAAGGAUCUAUAGGAAUAGCUCUAGGGGGGAACAAAUGUGCUUAAUGUAAAAAGGCAGACAGGGAUGUAAUUAUGUUUUUAAUGUUUCAGAAGCCUAACUUUUUACACAGCAGUUACAUUUCACGUUUCACUAAUGUUGAUAUUUGGCUAAUGGUUUGGCAGAGGUUUCUGGAGUACACUUUUAGUGUAUGGGAAUUCAAGACAGCUAAAGGGCUGUAUGAUUAACAUCUCAUCUUGCAUCAUGAUCAAUUGGCAAGAAAAGGAGAUUCCAAGAUUACAUUUCCAGAUGGUAUCUUUUCAAUUUAAUGUAUCUGUAAAAGUUUCUUUGUAAAUAUUAUGUGUUCUGGUGUGUCUUAAGAUUCCAAACAAAAUGAUCCCUGCAUUUCCUCAAAAUGUUUAGUGGCAGUCUGGUAAGCAAAGCAGUCUGAGCAAGAAAUAGGAAAUGCAGAAAUAGGUUUUGUCUGGUUGCAUAUAAUCUUUGCUCUUUUUAAGCUCUGUGAGCUCUGAAAUAUAUUUUUGGGUUACUUCAGUGUGUUUGACAAGACAGCUUGAUAUUUCUAUCAAACAAAUGACUUUCAUAUUGCAACAACCUUUGUAA